CACGUACAGGAACCAUGUUUCGUGAUGACGUCAUUUACGUAUCUUUGUUACUCUCCUGUGUAGCUUUCGGAGUUGUCUAUCGAAAGUUUAAAAAUCCUCACGAGAGACAAUGGAUCAGUACAAGUUUUGGCUUACUUUUAAUUAUACUUGUUUCUGGAACUCAUGUGAUGCACCCCCUCAUCUGCCUGUUAAUUAAUGCGGUCAUCGUGACCAGGCUUUCUUGGAAAAUAUGCCAUUUAGCAAGUUUAUUCUUUUCAUUUUUUUAUUUACUUAUUAUCUUCCGAUUGGGACACUUGGUUGGUAUGCCGGUACCACCUGCACAUACAAAUUUAGUUCAAAUGAUUCUUACAUUGAAGUUGUCCGGAUUGGCAUUUGAAAUAAACUCUGCUGCUGCUAUGAAGAUACCAAAUGAUCCUCAAGGAGUUAACUCUGUGGCUUUAAAAAAAAUUACUUUUAUGGAUGUUUUCCAUUACGGUCUAAGUUACAUGGGAGUUUUGACUGGUCCCUACUAUCGUUAUAGAACAUAUUGGGAUUCGAUACAUAGACCCUUCUCUGAUUACAUCGAUCCAUGGCCUCUAACAUUAUAUAAAUUAAAACAAGCUACAGUAUUGUCUGUACUCUUUCUCAUAAUGAAUUAUACAUUUCCUACAGAGUAUACCGUAUCUGAAGAAUAUGCAAAUCGAUCAUUAUUAUACAGAUGGCUCUACACAUACCCGGUAUUUGCAACAUUUCGGUUAAGACUAUUUUCUGGAAUAAUUUUGUCUGAAUGUGCAUGUCAGAUGGCUGGAGUAGGUGGUUACCCGACCAGAUGUGAAACUGCACCUGGAUUGGGACCACGUAAUUAUCAAGAAUUUGAAGAAAUAUGUACAGAUAAGGAAAAAAUAACACAAGAACCAUAUGAUUUUGAAACCAUACAUAACAUGAACAUAUGGCAAGUGGAGACUUGUCAUUUAGUUAGGUCCUGUAUGAAAUACUGGAAUUCUUGCAUACAAUAUUGGAUGGGAGUUUACAUAUACAAAAGAUUUCCAUUUAAACCGUUAAGAAUUAUGAUGACAUUAACUCUGUCUGCAUUGUGGCAUGGAUAUGCUGUUGGUUACUAUGUUUGCAUAUGUUCAGUUCCAUUUUAUUUACAACUAGAAGAUCUGUUAGUAAAGUUCCACAACCAACAUGAAAAGGAUAGCAUCGGUUGGAAAAUCUGGACAUUUACUCUAUGGGCUAUGAGAGUUUCCUGUAUGGCUUAUUUGGGUGUACCGUUUCUAUUACUCGACUUCCGACAAAUAUUACAAUUUUAUGCAAAUCUAUACUAUCUUGGUCAUAUUAGCUCUCUUAUACUAUAUAUAGUAGCCAGAUUAUUGAAACCCUAUAUUAUAAAGAAGAACGCAGAAAAGAACAAAUAGGUUAUCAGCUAUAAAAGAAUACACUGCACUCUUAUUAAAGGAAAACGGAUUUAUAAGAAUUAAAAAAAAAAAAAAA